ACUACUUCAAACCGCCAAACCUCCAUCCCUUUCAGAUCCUUUAAUACCGAUUUUUCUUUCAUUUACUUAUUAUUUGAGUAAGAUUCCUUCUGCUCGAUUGUUGUGGCUUAUUGCCCGAUAUAUUAUUGGCGUUUGAACUGGUUUGUAGAUUGUCUCCGAGCGCUCGCUUUUGAACAACAAAACGGUGUUUAGUGAGCAAAGUACAAGACUAAUUUUACUAUUGGUCAACAGUUUUGACGAUUCAGUUUCUGAUUAUCGUCCUCCUGUUUUCACUGCUUUGGAGAAAUUAGAUUUCUUCCAAAGGUGUUCAAAGGAAGUUCUCGUUGCUUCUGUGUUUUUAUGAAAAAACAAGUGUCUAUUCUUCACAGAAGUUGUUCGUUUAGGAUUGGCUUCUUGUGGUUUUUUCUAAAGACAAUUUAAAGUUCUUACAACAACAAUCUUGUAAUAGCUAAUUAAAACCCUGCUUUUUCUUUUUUUUAAAAAAAAUCUACUUUGGUUAUUCAACUUUGUCUGGUUACUUGGUAAAUAAGGUCUCGUUGGUGGGUUUGUUGUCUCUUUUUUUUUCACCUCUUGUUCCUUCACCCUCUUCCCCUUUUCCCCGGUCACUUGGCACGGUUUUUUCACUCUUUAAAUCCUUUUAUUUUAUAGAAGAAAGGUUCCUUACUUUUUUUUCUUUUCUGGUUGCUCCUUCUCCUUUCUUCCUUUCACCAAACCUUCGGUCUCAUUUCCCUUUUCCUUGGCACGGAAACACUAAAACUUGGCUUGCGUCUUCUAUCUAUUCUUUCGUUUGUUAUCCUUUGUUGCACGGAAUCAUUCGUUCUCCUCCAGUCUUUUCUGUUCACCAGCUUCUUUUAAUCCUACCUUUUAUAAUUUUUUAUAUUAAACAACCCCGGCGCUUGUAAUUCUUUUCGUACAAAGCCAUGGAUUCUCCUUUGUCUUCACUUUCCUUGUCCCAGUCACUGUCUAAUAGACAACACCUUAUCCGUCCAGCUGCUCGACGCUUACGUCUGGAGCCAGAAAAUAUCCACCCUAAUUCUGAUUUGGAUUCAUUCUUUCAGAAGUCGAAGCCUCAUUCCUCAUUAAUGGAUCCUUUCUGUAAAGGCCGUUCCUCUACCUCCCCAGCAUCUUCCCUUGCCGCGGACCUUUCAAUGAACAUGCACAUAGACAGGAGCCCAGCGCUUCCAACUCCCCGACGUACAUUAUUUCGCUCUUUUUCUUGUACAGUUGAAACACCUCCAACGGAUGCUCCUAUCACAUCUCCUUUGGAUGAGUCCCCCUCCAACACUGCCUUGUCUCCUUCUGGGUUUCUCCAGCAUCCUCCUAGAAGGUUUACAGACAUAGUAACGCCUAACCUAGUUUCUCCUAGACCUCUAUCCAUUGCCUCUAAGUUUAAACCAAAAUCCUCAAUGUCGUUUCAUUCUAAAUUGAAUGAUUCUUCUCGCAGUUCAAGCAGCAAUGGCUCCGUUGAUUUGUAUCUUCGUCCAACUGUAAGUCGAUCCCGUUCUUCAAAUAAUGCCGCCCCUCCUUUUCUUCGAUCCCGUUCUAGUUCGUCCUACUCUAUUAAUAAACGUAAGCCUCCAACUGCGCAGAUAAAUAAACAACUAUCCUAUGCUGUCUCACGUACAUGCAAUCGCUCCGGUAAUUCCAAUGGUAUAUUUUCUAGUUGUUUGAGCGACGAUGUAGAUGAACUUGAUAGUAUGUCGGAUAAUGACCAGACUUUCAUGAAUGAAAAUUUGGACGACGUUACGGUGAAUCAUGUUGAUAUUGAUGAUGAUAAAGGUGAUUUUGAUGUCGACCUGCAUGAUGCCAGUCACGAGGAUGAACAUUCUCUGGACGAUUUGUUUCAAGCAUCUCCAGUUAAAGGACGAUCUGGCAUCGUUUCCAUGCCUUUUAACAAUUUUGAAAAUAUUCCUCCAACUCCUUUGGCCCCCCCUGUGAGUGAGGAAAACGAAUUUGAUGAGCAGGAUACUCCAGUACUUCGUCGUACCCGCAGUAUGUUUCUUAAGUCGACCAGAUUAGGAUUAUGGGGAUAUCAAGAUACCGUUUCUCCUGCAGCUAAGCAAUCGACCAAAGAUUCUGAUGAAUAUAUAUCAUCUCAAGUGGAAAAUCUCUCUUUACCAUGUUUUGGAGUAAAAGAGGAUUCUUUAAAGCGAAUCAGUCAGGAUACAUUGUUAAAACUAUUGGAUGGAUAUUAUAGAGAUAUGUUUGAUGAUUGUAUAAUAGUGGAUUGUCGCUUUGAGUAUGAGUAUUUGGGAGGCCAUAUCGCUAAUGCCAUAAACCUAAACUCUAAACAAGCGGUAGUUGAAACAUUUUUUAAUAAGCCUCUAGUUCGUCGAACAGCACUCAUUUUCCAUUGUGAACAUAGUGCACACAGAGCUCCUCAUAUGGCAUUGCACUUUCGAAAUACGGAUCGCGAAAUGAAUAGUCAUCGUUACCCGUUUCUUUAUUAUCCGGAAGUAUAUAUUUUACAUGGAGGAUAUAAAUCGUUCUAUGAAAAUCAUAGAAAUCGUUGCAAUCCCGUUAAUUAUGUUCCGAUGAAUGAUGCAUCUCAUGUAAUGACUUGUACCAAAGCUAUGAAUAAUUUUAAGCGCAAUACUACUUUUACUCGUACUAAAAGUUACACUUUUGGCCAGAGCCUGUUGGCUUCUCCCGGUAUUAAUGACUCCCCUACGGCAACGCAUUCGUUAUCAAAUUUGAGAAGGUUUUGAUGUGUGCUUUUUUUUGUUGCAAUUAUAUUUGUAUAACUUUUUACUUACCUUGAUAUAUUGAAAUGGUUCCUUUGUUACUAAAAUUGGCAAUCCUGACAGAUUUCAUUUCUCGUGCUUUUCGGCGACAGUUUUUGUUCUGACUAUGAUUUUAGACGAGGUUUCUUUGCAAAAAUGGUUGGUGAUUGUUAAACUUUCGUUGGUAUUUUAUUUAUCUUUUAAAUGCCAAAACACAGUAAUGUAUGAACGAAGAAGUCCCUUUAAUGCAGUCUAAUUCUUAUUCGACACAACAGUUGAGAUACUUUCGUACUGCUAAAUAUCCCUUAAUAAGCUGUCGAGAACAUAGAAUUUAUAAAUUAUUCCUUUUUGUUGUGAAAUCAAAUUUCAAUUCGGUCAUUUAUUUUACUCUGUGGUAUCUAUUAUUUUCUUUAAGCUGUAGCAGAC